CUUUGUGAAUUGUGUUUUGAUCUAGUUAUUUAUGGUUUGUAGUUGUAAUUAAAGAAGUUGUAAUUGUUGAAUGUUAAUUGUUGCAAAUUUUAAUUCUAAUUUUGGGCCCAUGAGAGUUUUGGACCAGAAAAGAAAAAUUGUGCGUAAACAGAAAAAUCAAAAAACUAAACUUAAAUACUACGAUCAUACAACUAAUAUCGAAGAACACAACUAACAACAAGAUGUCACUGGUGGGAGAUACAACUGAAUCGGUGUCAUCUCAAUCAACCUCAGUAUCAACGAAAGUUGCCACCACCAUACAGAAUGCAAUUCUCACUCCAAGUUCACAAGCAUCAUCAUCAACAGCUAUAGCUACUGCUAGACCAACCACAUCAACUACCAUAGCAAGACCAUUAACAACUAUACAAUUACCCUUACCACCUAUAACGAAUAACUCCGGUAAGAAAAGAAGAAAGAAACAAAGAAUAUUCGCUAAGGAUAUUGAGAAUUUGUUAUAUUCCAUGGGUGAUAGACCUACUAGUACCGAUUUAACCGUUCAAGCAUUAGAAGAAAUUUUAAUUGAAUAUUUAACUGAUUUUAGUACUAAAUUAGUUGGAUUUGCUCGAACUCAAAAUCGAAAUAGAAUCAAACUUAAUGAUCUUAGUGUGAUUUUAAAAGAUGAUCCUGUGAAGUUAACUCGUUACCAUCAAAUUUCGGAACAAAGUUAUCGAAUUCUGAAAGCUAAGAAAAUGUUUGAAGAUAAAGGUGGGGAUGAAUAUGCCGAUGAUGAUGAUGAUGAUGACGAUGGUGAUGAUGAAGAUGGAGAGGGUGGUGAUGAUAACUUCGAUGGUCAAUAUAAAAAAGGAGGUCAAACUAAUGAUAAUAAUAAUGGUAAUGGUGGAUCUGUUGAACCAGCCAAGAGAAAGUAUACCAAAAAGAAUGGAGAAGAAAAGAAGUAUAAGAAAAAGACCGAUAAACCUCCUAAAAAGAAGAAGAGAAAGGUUACUGGAAAUGUCAUGUUCAAGACUGAUGAGUUGGAAGAUGAUGAUUAGUGUAUAAUCACUGUAAUAUAUAUCAUAUAUGUCAUGCUUAAUCAAAUUGUAGUUUGUUCCUUUAUUUCUUAUCUUGCCGUUCACGUGAUCAAUUUUUGGGCUCUUUUUUUUUUUCAGAGGGUGGUCAAAAAUUUGGAUCAGAAGACAACAGUUAAGGAAGAAGGAAGGAAACGUAUCACCAAA